AAGGAUAUUCUUAAACAGUUAAGAGCCUUCAACCCAGCCUCGGAUCUAUAUAUCUUCUGCUGGCACGAUACACCAACCCACGUGCCAUAAUUAGUCUUGAUUCAUUUGAAAAGUCCCCUAGAUGCAGGAGAAAUCCGAUUUUAUGUCUCGCAGAGAUACAUCGGAUGACACUACCCAGGAACAACGAGGUCGGCAGCUUCCUGGGGCUGCCUGCGACCAAUGCCGACGCCGGAAGCUCCGGUGCGACCGUCAGAAACCGCAAUGCGGUGCUUGUGAGACAUCAGGCAUUUCAUGCCGUGUGCCGGACACCAAACUGACGCGGGGCCCCAAACGAGGACAUCUCAAAACAAUGCAAGAGAGAAUUGCUGCUUUGGAGGAGGCACUACAGGAGCAACGAUCUAAGCCGUCAAAUCCGCCACCAGUUGAAGACCCAUCGAUCAAAGAUACGCCUGAUGCUGCGUCAAACAUAGGGGACAUAGGGAAUUUAGGAGGAGAUGUAGGGGAAAUGGGAGAUACGAACUCAGCCCAGCUAUCGUGGCCCCUAGAUAUGCUAAAAGAGGGUGACACCUCAUCCACUACUCUUCCCCUACCAUAUCACGAAAAAGUCGAAUACUCACCGUUGGACAUCGAUCUGAACUGGUUUGCAUCUCCCCACAGCUCAAUCGACGCUCACUCUAGCAUCGUGAGCCCUAUUAUUCCCAAUAUGGCUUGUCCUAGCCCAUUCAUACCGUCCGGCUCUCAAACCCCGGCGAAUUCCAGUGGGGCUUCAGACGAUUCAAUCCGCAUCGCAAUUCCCAGCCUCGUACAGUCCGACCUCGAUCAGCUUUACAUAGAUCGAAUACAUCCAUUUGUUCCCAUUGUGCAUCACGGCCGUUACGCUGCAUGGAACGAAACCGAUCUGGAUUCGCUUACAGAAGCACAAACCGCUUUGCGAUAUGCGAUGUGGACGUUAGCCGCAGCUUCCGCCUCCGCCUACCACACUACGCUCCGAGACCUACUCUACCAUCGGACACGGCAAUUUGUCGAAAGUCUCGAUCAGCGGAGCGGUUCUAAUGAUAUAGUGGAUACAGAACUGGUUCAGGCCUGGCUCCUAUUGUCGAGUCAUGAACUCAUGUGUGUCGGCUUCCGUCGAUCCUGGAUGAGUGCCGGGCGAGCUUUUCGUCUCAUUCAACUAGAUCCUACAUGGACUACAGCAACAACACCUAUCCCUCAUAGCGAUGGAAAGUACACCUACCAGGCACAUUGGGUCGAGGCUGAGCAGCGGAGGAGAACAUUCUGGUUUGCUUACUGCUUGGACAGGUUUAUCAGUUUACGAAACGGAUCGUCUCCGACAUUUAGUGAGCGAGUGCCUGUGCGGCUACCCUGUCCUGACCCGGCGUUUCAAUACGGACACCCCAUAAUGAUGGACUUUCUCCCAGAUAUCAAUGCCAUAGCUUCUAGCGUCGCUUCUAAGCAAGGUAUUAUGUCGACCUUUGGCUACUGUAUUGUCGUGGCUACAGUAGCCGGACACGUAUUGUCUCACAGGCACCGGGCUGUUGUUAAUGUUACGAACGAUUUGGAUGGCCAGGCCCUCCAAAUGAAUAUUGACUUUUGGGACCGCCAUGCUUGGCUUGACUCGCUUAUCGCCUACAAUAUGGGCGUCUUCGCUAUGCAUCACCCACCAGCCGCCCAAGAACAAGACCCUAUGUUACUGUUUCUAGCUAUGGCAUGGCACGCGGUUACGCUCUACUUAUGGAGCACAGCGGAGAACAUUCCUGCCCUAGCGAAAGAUCAAAAGUAUGCUGUCGGAGUUGAGUUUUCUCAACAGGUCGAGGGCACAACGCAUGAGAUGCUUCGUUUGAUGGGAAAGCUAUCGGGAAUGAACAGCUGGAAGAUUCAUCCGCUUACUACAAUUCCGAUUUCACUGUGUGCCGAGCUACUCACAUCUCGGCCCGAUCUCUUAGCAGCCUUCACCCAAAAGCUUAAAGAAAUUUCGAAAACUACGCACCGACUCGGACUUCUCUCUGCUGCAGGCCCAUGGAUGUGUUGAUGCAGUAAAGGCUUUUCCAUUAUGCAUCCCCAGCCCGAGUUAUACGGUGCGAGUUGUUUAUUAUUGCUACUGUAUUUCACUACCGGUGAGUCUGGUUUGUGCA